AUGAAGAAGAUGUUUGUGCUGGUCUUCGCUCUCGCUCUGCUGGCUUUCUCCUCAGAAGCCUCCCCGAUUCUGACAGAAAAGCAAGCCAAACAGCUCCUGAGGUCAAGGCGACAGGACAGGCCCAGCAAACCUGGAUUCCCUGACGAGCCCCUGCGGGAGUAUGUACACCACCUCCUGGCCCUGGAGCACCGUGCCGAGGAGCAGUUUCUGGAACACUGGCUGAAUCCCCACUGCAAACCCCACUGCGACAGGAACAUCGUCCACCCUGUGUAA